CGCCUCGCGUUUACCGCAGCAGGCUGCAGAGCGGACAAGGCCAGGCGACCUCCGACCGCGCAACCCCUCGCGGCAUGAAGUGGCAGGAGACAGUGGUGGUGACCGCGGCGGCAGCGCCCGAGGACCGCGACAGAGAGCAGCCUUGGCAACCGGCAGGGCUAGGGUGCAGGGCGCGUGGGGAGUCCGGCGUCCCCCAGGAACCCCGCAAACAGUGGAAGAAAUUUUUAUAUUGUGAGCCGCACAAGAGAAUUAAGGAAGUGCUAGAAGAAGAACUUUAUAUUAAGAGAGAUGAAUGCCACAUUAAAAAUCCACCUGCAGUGGCCCUGGAAGGAAUUUGGAGCAUUAAAAGGAAUCUCCCUGUGGGAGGCUUGAAGCCUGGAUUGCCCAGCAGAAACAGUUUACUGCCACAAGCCAAGUACUAUUCAAGGCAUGGAGGGCUGAGAAGUAAGGAUGAAGAGAAUAUAAUUUUCCACUGGGCAGAAACCUCUUUCUCCUAAUGUUUGAAGAACACUGAAGAAACCCAAGCUUGUUUCUUGAUUUCAGAUGUGUAUGGGGGCGGGGGAGUAUAUUAGUCUGUAAUGUCUAUUUACAUAGUCAUCUAAAGUAAUGAAAGACUAUUGAUAGUUUGCUAAGUGCCUACAAACAAUGAGGGAAAAUCUUAUGCUUAUUUUUAGUUUUCAUAAUUAGAAUAAAUUGGGUUUCUAAUUCAAUCGAAUUGGGUUAUCUAUUAAAUGAGUGAAAUAAUAAUAAAACAAAAGCACAUCUAUUGUGUGUCUUUAUUUCGAGGUAAACAUUAUAAACCUUAACCUUCACUAAAGUGUAAUGUGCUAAUCCACU